AUGCUCCGCCUCCACAAGUGCAUCCUCACCCAGCUGCUCCCUCGUACCUCUGCCUCCACCUCCCCACUCCACCGUCUCAUCUCCGCCGCCGCGCCCGCCGCAUCCCCAGGCCCCAGCUUCGCCGUGGAGGACUACCUCGUCGCCACCUGCGGCCUCACCCGAGCGCAGGCGCUCAAGGCCUCCACGAAGCUCUCCCACCUCAAGUCGCCAGCCAAUCCCGACGCCGUCCGCUCCUUCCUCGCCGGUCUCGGCCUCUCCACCGCCCACGUCGCAGCGCUCGUCGCCAAGGACCCCAAGUUCCUCUGCGCAAGCGUGGAGAGGACCCUGGCUCCCGUCGCCGUCGGGCUCGCCGGCCUCGGCCUCUCGCGUCCCGGAGUCGCGCGGCUCGUCUCGCUCGCCGGCGAGUUCUUCCGCGGCAGAUCCGUCGCCUCGAGGCUGGCCUACUUCCUCUUCCUCUUCGGCUCCUACGAGGACCUCCUCCGGGUGCUCAAGCACAGCCCCAAUCUCCUCGGAUGCGACCUCGACCGGGUCAUCAAGCCCAACGUCGCCUUCUUGCGGGAGUGCGGGCUAGGUGCUUGCGAUAUUGUCAGGCUGUGCAACCGUGUGCCAUGGCUGCUCGGCAAUAACCCGGAGCGCGUCCGGGCGAUAGUGGCGUGCGCCGAAGGGCUCGGUGUGCCCCGUGGAUCGGGGAUGUUCGGGCAAGCGCUGCAAGCUGUCGCAUUCCUCACCCAGGAGAAAAUCACCGCCAAGGUCGAGCACUUGAAGAAGAUGUUCCGGUGGUCGGAUGCCGAGGUGGGCGUUGCUGUUUCUAAGGCUCCGGCGGUGCUGCUGAAGGCCAAAGAAUCGCUGCAGCGCAGGUCCGAGUUCCUCAUCUCCGAGGUGGGGUUGGAACCUGCAUACAUUGCUUUUCGUCCAGCAAUGCUCAUGUACAGCUUGGAGGGCAGGAUCAGACCCCGAUACUACGUUGUAAAGUUUCUCAAGGAAAAUGGAUUGCUAGAUCAUGACCGGGACUACUAUAAUACAAUCGCGAUCAGCGAGCAGGUAUUUAUGGAGAAGUUCAUAUGCCCUCACAAGAAAUCUGCACCGCACCUUGUUGAAGACUAUGCAGCAGCUUGCAGAGGGGAAGUGCCCGCGAGAUUCAUAUCUGCAUGA